CCUGGCCUCGGCGUUACUCCCGUUGAAGGCAGGCGACGCUUAUGGUAGCCUCGGCACUGACCCCACCAGCAGUAGGUCUGGAGCCUUCCUCUGUAAAGUUAACGCAGCGUUAUUGCAUUUAAUUCCCUUGCUUUUUUGCCCGUAAAGACAAAAGCACGUUUAAGGCUAAGGGAGCCGGGCAGCAGCUGGUGUUUUGCACUGCCCGCCUGCUGCUCAAUUCAGUGCCUCAGGCAUGCACGGAAAAGACCACUGAGCUCUGGAUGGCACCGUGCCAUGGACAAGGCUGCCACUGAAAACGGUCAGCUGGAAUUGCUCACAAGCCACCUCCCCAGAACUGCAGGGCCAUCCACAGCAGGGUGUGGGAAGAACUGUCACCAUGGUUGUGUUCAUCAGGGACUCAUCCUGUCCGUUACCAGAGUUGAAUUCUUGGUUGGAGGGUGACAUGGAGUUCCCAGUGGAACUUGCUGCCUUUCACAGUCCAUUGGAGCUGGGAGUCAGAGACCUUCUUGUGUACCGCAACCCCCACCACGGACUGAUAACAGGGUAUGAACCUUCACCAGAGACCUCUGUGACUAAAGGACUAAAUCCAUGAACUGGGAAGAGUAGCAGGAAGUUAUCCUCAGACCUCUCAAUCUGCCAAGGCCCAAAUACGGGACACAAUAUGUGACAAAGAUCCCAGAUGAGGAGCGCACACACAAAUUAUUAGUGCUGGAGACUUUAAACGCUAUUUUUCUAGUGUGAAUAACUCCUUCUGUACCCUCUGUUUCAUAAGUCUUAAUUUCUCAUGUGAAUAAUGUUCUACAAUGAAAGCAAGGCGCCACCAUUUGGUAUGGAAUAUAGGUCACUUUAGAACUAGAAGUAGUCAUGGAAAAGUGAGACAAUGGAUCAGCUCCAGAGAGAGGGCACAUAAUACACAUUGCACAGUGGGGUCCAGCUUUAAGACACCGAUGAGUAUUUAGAUUGAGGGGAGCAAGCAGCCAGCAGCAUAGAACCCGAUGGACUCCUUAUUUAGGCAAACUCAUGAAAAGAGAGUGGAGAUGAGUCAGAGAUGAGGCAAAGUCUCCAUCCAAUCUGGAUCUGCGCUCCCUCACAGUUCAGGUGUGUUUGGAUCCAGGACCCAUCCCUACCUACCAGUUGUUUCACAACAUCUAAGAUUCAUUGGUGUGCUGCAUUCCUGUGCUCUGUUAAACAGCUGCUGUCUCACAGGGCAAAGAGACUUCACCAAGUGAAGGGAACUCAUCAGACUUGCACUGUGUCCAUCAAGGACCUCCGGGGAAAAAGCUCCUGAUUCCCAUCCCGGCUGUGUAGGUUGGAAUGGACUUCGAGCCCAGUGACUUGUGGAUGCAAGGAUGAAGUGACUUUACGGCUACAAAAAAGGCGAGAAACCAGGCCUUGAAAUCUCCGAAAGGUAGGAGAGACAUCCAGGCUGCAAUGGCUGAAAGAAGUAUAUGCACUGACGCAACCUCAGGAAAAUCCAAGAUGGCUGCCAAGCGCAAAGGCGGCCUGAAGCUAAAUGCGAUCUGUGCCAAGCUCAGCCGCCAGGUGGUCUUCGAUCAUGGGGGAUCGGAACAGGUGCGGUUGGACAAGGGUCCCCAGCGGGAAAGCGGCAACAAAGAACCGCCCCAGCCUGAGACCAAGGAGCUGGGGGCCAAGGUUUCUGAUGGACUUAACCGUGUUCAGAAGAUAGAGGAGGACAAGCGGAGGGAGGUGAUUGAGAAGUGGGUGAACGGGGAGUACAAUGACGAGACCCUGCUAGGCCGAGCAGAGGGCAAGGAAUGUAAGGCCACCGAGAGCGUGGAGGUGCCCCCCGAAGGGGUUUACAUGGUACAGCCCAAGGGCUGCAGCGAUGAAGAAGAUAAUGGGGACGAGGCAGACGGCAGCUUCCCGGACGACAGGGAUUCGGAUGGGCCUGCCUCCAAGGAUGAAAGUUACCGACCUUCCAGCGGCCAGACGGGCUCCAAGCUGUCUGGAGGAGCUGCCUCAGGGGAAGCUUCAUCUCUGCGCGAUUACGCCGCCACCACCAUGAACGAGUUCCUGGGCAUGUUUGGCUACAACGACCAGAACAUGCGGGAUGAGCUGACCCGCAAGAUCAGCUUCGACAAGCUGAACGCUGCUACCUCAGAGGCCUCCUCUGCCACUGCCUCCCUCCCUGGCGAGGACGCCAUGAGCAAGCGAGCCCGCUUCUCCAAGUACGAGGAGUAUAUCCGCAAGCUCAAGGCCGGUGAGCAGCUCUCCUGGCCCAUCCACCCAGCCAAGUCUGAGGAGCUGAACUCCAAGCUGGGCAAGGAGGCUUCAUCAGUGCUGACGCAGCCCAUCCGAGCACUGCCGGGGCCUGAUGCCACCCUGCUAACAGAGACCAAAGCCACCAUACUGCCCUUGCCCUCUCCGAGCAGCUCCCAGAUGCAAGGCCUGAUGUCGCGGGCCUCCAAGUACGACUUCUUCAUCCAGAAGCUGAAGACGGGUGAGAGCAUCAGGCCGCAGAACGGCAACACCUACAAGAAGGCCUCCAAGUAUGACCUGGAGAACGUGAAGUACUUGCAUCUCUUUAAGCCCGGCGAGGGCAGCCCAGAUAUGGGAGGGGCCAUUGCCUUUAAGACAGGCAAGGUGGGCCGGCCUUCCAAGUACGAUGUGAGGAACAUCCAGAAGCUCACUCCAGUCAAGGCUCCAACACCCAGCCUGGCCCCCAACCCUCUCUCCAGUACCCCCAGCAGUGCUCCAGUGGCUGGGCCCGAGCAGCCCGUCUCCGUGCCGUUCAACACCCCUGAGUACCUGAAGUCGACCUUCUCCAAGACGGACUCCAUCACGACCGGGACGGUCUCUACGGUCAAGAACGGAUUACCCACUGACAAACCAGCUGUCACCGAAGAUGUAAAUAUUUACCAGAAAUAUAUUGCCAGGUUCUCUGGGAGUCAGCACUGCGGACACAUACACUGUGCGUACCAGUACCGGGAACAUUACCACUGCCUUGAUCCGGAGUGCAACUAUCAGAGAUUCACUAGUAAACAGGAUGUGAUUCGGCAUUACAACAUGCACAAGAAACGUGAUAACUCCCUCCAGCACGGCUUCAUGCGCUUCAGCCCCUUGGAUGACUGCAGCGUGUACUACCAUGGCUGUCACCUGAAUGGGAAAAGCACACACUACCACUGCAUGCAGGUGGGCUGUAACAAGGUCUAUACCAGCACCUCUGAUGUGAUGACCCACGAAAAUUUCCACAAGAAGAACACGCAGCUGAUCAACGAUGGGUUCCAGCGGUUCCGAGCCACAGAAGACUGUGGCACUGUGGACUGUCAGUUCUAUGGGCAGAAAACCACUCACUUCCACUGCAGGCGACCCGGGUGUACGUUCACUUUCAAGAACAAGUGCGACAUCGAGAAGCACAAGAGCUACCACAUCAAGGACGACGCCUACGCCAAGGACGGCUUCAAGAAGUUCUACAAGUAUGAGGAGUGCAAGUACGAGGGCUGCGUCUACAGCAAGGCCACCAACCACUUCCACUGUAUUCGGGCGGGCUGUGGCUUCACCUUUACCUCCACCAGCCAGAUGACCUCUCACAAGCGCAAGCACGAACGCCGGCACAUCCGCAGCUCGGGGGUGUUGGGCCUCCCCACCUCCCUCUUGGGAGCCAAGGAUAACGAGCAGGAGGAGUCCAGCAACGAUGACCUCAUUGACUUCUCUGCCAUGAGCUCUAAGAACUCCAGCCUGAGUGCCUCCCCUACCAGUCAGCAGUCUUCCGUCUCCCUCAUCAUCCCGGCUGCGCCUUCUUCCGCUGCUGAGCUUGCCUCCUCUCAGGCCUGCAAGCCCACCAACAGCAUGCCACCGGCCACCAAGAUCUCCGGCCUGCUCUCCCAGGCCCUCCCCAGCAAUAUACCUUUGGCCCUGGCGCUCGCCAACUCAGCACUUCCCGGAACGGCCAGCUCCUACUUCCCCAUCAUCCCCAGUCGGGUCUCCACGCCACAUCCCACCAGCUCAGCCAAUCUAAUGACUGCUGGUUCCUCCAGCACCAAUCCAACAUCCUCUACUGCUGCCAAUUCCCCCUCCCAAGCCGUCUCAGGGUCCAGUGAGCCGACAGCCACCUCUUCCCCAGGUCCAGCAGCAUCCAUUAUGGAGAGGAUCUCCGCCAGCAAAGGAUUGAUCUCACCCAUGAUGGCCAGGCUGGCAGCGGCGGCCCUCAAGCCAUCCAUGGCGCUCGAAGCAGGGAAUGGGCAACUGAUGACUCCCGGCCGGUUCAAUCCAGUUCAAAUGAAGCAGGAGCCCAUGGAGAGUGUGGUGUCCUCAUCCCUGGCGACCCAGGAUUCCUUGCAGGAGCACAGCCUGGAUCUGAGCGUGAAAGAUCACGGUAAUGAAUCAAAUGGCCACACAGUCUCAGCAAAUUCAUCUCUUUUAUCCUCGCUUAUGAAUAAGAUGAACCAGUCCAAUGCCAGCCUUGGCAGCCUGCCAAGCUUGAAGACAGAAGGAGAUGGCAACCAGGCAGGGGCUGGUGAGCCAAUGCAAUACCUGGGCAAAGCAGUGAAGGCGCUUGUUCAGGAGAAGCUCUCUGAGCCCUGGAAGAUGUACUUGCGCAGGUUUGGUACCAAGGAUUUCUGUGACGCCCACUGCGACUUCCUCCAUAAAAUGCAUUUCCACUGCGUGGUGGAGGAAUGUGGUGCCCUCUUCAGCACCUUGGAUGGGGCCAUCAAACAUGCCAAUUUUCACUUCCGAACAGAGGGUGGAGCUGUGAAAGGAAACUCUGAGUCUCCCUUCCCAAGUGCUGCAGAGACCAAGACUUCCUUGGCCCCCUCAUCGCCAUCCACUACUUCCAUCACUAUGGCAAGCGCUCCCACCCUGGAUGUGCCCACUCCGAGCCCAGCGACCGUGCCCUCUGCCCCCACAUUGCUAGCUUGGAAGCAGCUGGCUUCCACCAUACCCCAGAUGCCUCAGAUCCCAGCACUGGUGCCUAACCUGGCAACUUCACCCUUGGCAACGACUUCCCUAGAGAACGCUAAGCCUCAGGUCAAACCCGGAUUCCUUCAGUUCCAGGAGAAUGACCCCUGUCUGGCGACGGACUGCAAGUAUGCCAACAAGUUCCACUUCCAUUGUCUCUUCGGGAACUGCAAGUACGUGUGCAAAACCUCUGGCAAAGCAGAGUCCCACUGCCUGGACCACAUCAACCCCAACAACAACCUGGUGAAUGUGCGAGACCAGUUUGCUUACUACUCACUGCAGUGUCUCUGUCCAAACCAGCACUGUGAAUUCAGGAUGCGGGGACAUUACCAUUGUCUUCGGCCUGGCUGCUACUUUGUGACCAACAUCACCACCAAACUGCCCUGGCAUGUGAAGAAACAUGAGAAGGCAGAGCGAAGAGCAGCCAAUGGUUUCAAGUACUUCACCAAACGGGAAGAGUGCGGCAGGCUAGGUUGCAAAUAUAACCAGGUGAACAGCCAUUUCCACUGCAUUCGAGAGGGCUGCCAGUUUUCCUUCCUGCUCAAGCACCAAAUGACAUCCCAUGCCAGGAAGCACAUGAGGAGGAUGCUGGGGAAAAACUUUGACCGAGUUCCCACACAGGUUAUUGGCCACACUUCAAGAAAUGAAAAUCUCCCCCACGUUGGCAGCAUGGCACCCAGCCCAGCUUCAUCAGGAACCCCAGCUUCCUUUCAGGGACCCCAAAGCAUGAUGGACACCGAAACAGAUGAGUACAUGGAUUACACUGGCUGUAGCCCUGGAGGCAUCUCCUCUGAAUCCUCCAAUAUGGACCGCAGCUGCUCCAGCACUCCAGUGGGCAACGAAAGCACAUCAGCAGGGAACACCAUCACCAUGCCAACUGCCUCGGGGGCCAAAAAGCGCUUCUGGAUCAUCGAGGAUAUGUCUCCGUUUGGCAAGCGCCGCAAGACAGCCUCCUCGCGCAAGAUGCUGGAUGAGGGGAUGAUGCUGGAGGGUUUCCGGCGCUACGAUCUCUACGAGGACUGCAAGGACACCAACUGUCAGUUCUCCCUCAAGGUCACCCACUACCACUGCACCCGGGAGAACUGUGGCUACAAGUUCUGCGGCCGCACCCACAUGUACAAGCACGCCCAGCACCACGACCGUGUCGACAACCUGGUGCUGGAUGACUUCAAGCGCUUCAAGUCCUCACUGAGCUGCAACUUCCCUGACUGCCAGUUCUCUGGCAACAGCACGCACUUCCAUUGUCUGCGCUGUGGCUUCCGCUGCACCGACAGCACCAAGGUGACCGCCCACCGCAAGCACCAUGGCAAGCAGGACGUCAUCAGUGCUGCCGGCUUCUGCCAGUUCAGCUCCAGUGUGGACUGUGAGGUGCCCGAUUGCAAGUACAAACUCAAGUGCUCCCACUUCCACUGCACCUACCCUGGCUGCAAACACACUGUGGUGGGCAUGUCACAGAUGGACUCGCACAAGCGCAAGCAUGAGAAACAGGAGCGGGGGGAGCUGCCAGCCAUCUCUCCUGGCCCCGAGGGCCUCCAUCACUCCACCCUGGAGUACGACGUCCAGAACUCUUCUGUCAACCUGGACAGCUCCCUUAACCUCAGCACUGAUGCCAACAGCUCCCUCUUCUUCCUGCAGAACGCAGCUGGCGUGGGCCUCAAUGACUCCUUGGACCUCAGCAAGAAGCUACCGGAGGCUGCUGCUGGCCCAUCACCCAGCAGAGCAGGGACAAGCCCUCACGAGAGUGGGGUGAUGGUAUCCAACUCCGGCGAUGUGGAGGACGAAGAUGACUCAUCCCAAGAUGAGGACGAGGAGGAGGAGGAGAUAAAUGAGGAAGAGGAUGAUGAUGAAGACGAUGACGACGACGAUGACGACGAUGAAGACGAGGAGGAAGACCUGAAUACAGACUCUGAAGAGUCACUCCCCGACCCUGAGGGCCUGGCCACUAAAGAGGAUGGGGAAACAGGGGAGGCCUCCACUUCCAUAGACCACGGCAAUGCUUCCAGGCCUCUGGGCGAGCCAAACCCAGACCUCACGUCAGCCCCCACCCCUGCUCUGGACCCCACCCUUGCCCUGACCCCAACCCACACCCUUGCACCGGCAGCUUCUCCUUAACCUUAGAGACAACAGCAGGUUUGGUUUUGCUCUUAAAUGAAAUUACUAAGAGGACCCCUUAUGAGGCGAGAACAAAGCACCGGGACGGUAAGCGACAAAACGAACUCCACACCGCACGCACGAGGCCCCACGGGCUCAACAGGACAGACAUGGUCGCAUGGGGCCAGCGCACCAUCACUUCAUUCUGCGGAUGACAGAAGAUAGGGCAGGAUGCAGAGACACAAAACCCUUCUAGAUGGACACUAGCUCUGAGGGUGACAUCUGCUCUCCUUUCCUCCCCCCAUUGUGGGGCGUGUGCCCAGUCUCGGGACCCCUUCUUUUGGGGUGGGCUUUUCCCCCCUCUUUUAUUUCUGGAUUUUAUUUUUCCAUGUUUUUAGUUGUAUGAUACUAAUAAUAAUCUCCACUCCUCAGAAGGGGGAUGCGGGGAUGGCAGGUGAUGAAUUUUAGAAUUGUGGGGUUUUUUAAGCGCGUGGAAGGAACUGGUGGCACAAAGGCAACUAGCUAAGCCUUUACCAGUGGGGGGGGAGGGGAGGGGGUGUCUUUUUUUCCCCCCAGCAUUAAAUAAAUGGGAGAGACUGAUGCACCAGACAGCAAGGGUGGGAGGGGGUAUUUAUUGUCUUACAAACGAGGAAGCAUUAAUGAAUCAGCAGGGCUGGGAAUGGAACACUUCUCUGUUCUUCCAGAUCCUCUUUAUUAAUAAUAAUAAUAAUUUUUAAAUGCUAUUUAUAUUGUUAAGCUUCCCUUUGUCUAGAACUGUCGGAACAGCUGUAGGUCACCUCCCCCAGCUCCUGCUGAUCUCCUGGUAGUGAUCUAGCUGCAGUCAUGGUAGGGAAGGUCGCCAUAUGGCGGUUAAAGGGUCUGUCACUCACACUGGAGGACUGGGGUUUAACCCCCACUCCCAUCCCCAGGUGCUACCCCUCUUUCUCCAGGUUUAGGCUCUUUCUUUUUGGUGCUUCAGAGACAGCACCCCUGUCUCAGGCAGGCUGUGAAUGGAGGCAGGAGCAGAAGGUGAGAUUCGCAUCCUUUGCCUUGGUGCAGCUGGAGGGGAAGCGCAAUGCCUUGCUAAAUGCUACUUGCCCUCUGAUGCAGGGCGAUUGAUUUUUUUAAAUGAUGAGCAAGCAGCGUAUCCUCAGUGUUUUCCUCCUCAAGGUGAGGGUGGGCGAGUAGAUUCUGUGCAAAGGCUAAUGCAUUUCCCAAAGGGAAGAGAGAGCGAAGCCACCACCCACACAGAAAGGGUGGGGGGAUUAAGGCAGACACUGGGCUGGCAGUGGGACGACUUGGCUCUCUCCUCAGAUGCUGGAUGGAGAGCUAUCGAUUGCUCAGGUCCUGCACCCGAAUAGCCUUGGCUGCUAUCCUGUGGCAUGGCAAGCAGUGCUACAUUGGAGUGCAGCAGGGUGUCAAGCCUCCUCCACCUGGGCGAAUCGCACCAAGGCCGGCAGCACCAUGGUAGCUGGACAGACCUACAGCACUCAGAUGGUUACAAGCUCUCCCGCUGUUCUCUUUCCCCAACCCCGCCAGUAAAGGGUUUACACACACACACUACAGGAGACUAUCCAGCAUUCUCAUAGAUGGCAGUUGCUGUUUGACGCCCAAGUCCUGAGCCAGAGAGCUUGUCUACACGUGUGCACUGGCCCCAGAAGGACUAAAGGUGGGAAUUACGCUUGAUGCAGUGAUUUCGGGGCCAGUGUGUAGACCAGCUGGGCCUUUUGCUCCCUUGUCUCUAAGACUUGGCCCUUGUUUAUUUUGUUCUGUUUUAAUUAUUUUUUUUCUAAUAACAAACCCCCUAAGCCCAAGGAAUCCCUGUCAUUCAUUCUACCCUACACAGAAAGAGGCCUCAAGCAGUUUGGGUUGUUUUCUUAUUAUUUCCCUAAAGAGCCAGCGUGGAUCUGGGUCCGAACGAUAGACAAGCUCCUCAGCUGUUUAAAUGCAGGGAGAUGUUUGGAUAAUGAUGCUUAAAAAGGAAAGGGGGGAGGGGAGGAGAG